AUGGCUGCCACUCCGAUUCGGGAAGGCGUGCGUACGCGGCGCGCUGCCGCCCAAGCCGCUGAGCAAGAAAGGUUGCAGCAGCAACAACAACAACAGCAGCAGCAACAACAACAGCAGCCACCGCAACGUAGCGAUGACACGUACCAUCACACGUACGCCCAUCCUGAUCUGCGUGACCCGCAGAUUAUGGGCGGCGUCAAGGAGCGUGCCGUCGCGGUCCCCACACCUGGUAUCAAGAUCACGGAAAAGGGCCGCGAGCGUGACAGGCUCAUGGACACGCACCAGAGCUGGGAGUUUGGUGGUCCGUGGGGCGUCACGGCGAUGAUCACGCUGUUUCCCGUGCUCAUGUACUACUUGUGGAUCUGCCUGUGGUUCUACGAUGGCCAGUUUGCGCAUCCUACCAGCUUGGCGGACAUUGUCCCCUUCUUCCAGCGCAUGGGUCGCCAUGUGUACGAGGACGCGUUUCCGACGCCGCGGGCCCUUAUCGGCUACGGCGGCUUGAUGGUCGUGGAGUUUGUCCUUGCUUGGAUCGUGCCAGGCUACAUGCAAGAGGGCCUGCCUGUUCCCUCGCUGAACUACAAGACGCUGAUGUACAAGUGCAACGCGCUGGGCUGCUUGUACUGCACGCUGAUCAUUGCCGCCGCCCUGCACUUUUCGGGCGUCUACCGCCUGACGCAGAUCAUCGAGCACUUUGGUGAGUACAUGACGGUGAGCAUGAUCGCCGGUUUCGCUGUGAGCUUCGCCACGUACUUCCACGCCGUGUUUACGCACACGACGCACCGCAUGAGCGGCAACUUUAUGUACGACUUUUUCAUGGGCGCCGCGCUGAAUCCGCGCAUCGGUCCGAUCGAUCUCAAGAUGUGGGCUGAAGUGCGUAUUCCGUGGGUGCUGCUAUUUAUGAUCAGCGUGAGUGGUGCAUGCCAGCAGUACGAACAGUACGGCUACGUGACGCCGAAUAUGGCGUUCAUGGUGCUGGCAACGGGUCUCUACCUCAAUGCAUGCGCCAAGGGUGAGGAGUGCAUUCCGCAGACGUGGGACAUGUUCCACGAAAAAUGGGGCUUCAUGGUCAUCUUUUGGAACUUUGCCGGCGUGCCGUUCACGUACUGCUAUAGCAUCGUGUACAUGGCCGCGCACCCGCCUGAGUACUACCGCUUCUCGACGCCGACGUAUGUGUUUAUGUACGCGCUGCUCCUCUUUGCGCACUUUGUGUUCGACUCGUCCAUGGCGCAAAAGUCGCGCUUCCGCAUGCAGCUGCAGGGCACGCUCAAGGUACGCUGGUCUUUCCCACAGUGGCCAUGGAGCACACUCUCGAACCCACGGUAUCUCCAGACCGAGCACGGCAAUGCACUGCUGAUCGACGGCUGGUGGCAGUUCCUCCGCAAGCCCAACUACACCGCUGACUGGACGCAGGCGUUUUUGUGGGGCGCGAUCGCCGGAACUCGCUCCGUCAUUCCCUACUACUACUCUGUCUUCUUCCUCGCCGUGCUUACGCACCGCUGCAGCCGCGACUUUGAGCGCUGCGCCCGCAAGUACGGCAAGGACUGGGACAAGUACUGCCGCAUUGUGCCCUACCGCUUCAUUCCGUUCGUGUAUUAA